AUGGAGGCAAUGUCUUACUUCACCCGACCUGCUUUUGCUUCACCUGUGAUUACACACCAGCUGCAAUUUCCACAAGAAAAAUCUAUUAGUGGCAUCCAUAUCAAAACCUAUAAACCGCAUGGCCGUGAAGUUCGCGACGUCCACGUUACGUCGGACGACUCCAAGUUAUGUUCCUGUGGUGGAGAUAGGCAGGUUUUCUAUUGGGAUGUUGCUACUGGACGUGUAAUAAGAAAGUUUCGUGGCCAUGAUGGUGAGGUAAAUGGUGUAAAAUUCAAUGAGUAUUCAUCUGUUGUAGUCUCAGCAGGCUAUGAUCAAUCAUUGCGCGCUUGGGACUGCAGAUCCCACAGCACUGAGCCAAUACAGGUUAUUGACACAUUUGCAGACAGUGUGAUGUCUGUCUGUUUAACAAAAACUGAAAUUAUUGGAAGAAGUGUUGAUGGAACUGUUCGGACAUUUGAUAUUCGUAUUGGCAGAGAAAUAUCUGAUAGCUUUGGGCAAUCUGUCAACUGUAUAUCAAAGUCAAAUGAUGGCAACUGCAUCCUAGCCGGUUGCCUAGACUCUACUGUGCGUCUUUUGGACAGAACCACAGGUGAACUGUUACAAGAAUAUAAGGGUCACACUAUUCAGUCAUACAAAUUGGAUUGCUGCCUUACUAAUACGGAUGCUCAUGUAACUGGUGGCUCUGAGGAUGGCUUCGUCUAUUUCUGGGAUCUUGUAGAUGCAUCUGUUGUGUCAAAAUUCAGGGCUCAUGCCUCAGUGGUAACAAGUGUAAGUUAUCACCCAAAGGAAAACUGCAUGAUAACUUCAUCGGUAGAUGGCACUACUAGGGAAAUGAAAGACCCUGCAACUCUUGAUGUGUCAUCCUUAAUUAUAUUUUCUGGAAAUCCUGGACCUCCAUUAGAGUUAUGUGACAGGGAUCCUGACGAAGGUGUAAAGGCAUUGAAGAGUUCUACAACUAUUGUGUUACACCCUGGUCGGAAUACUAUUGCCUUGGAUCUACCACCCCAGAAACCAGGAUCAUAUGUUCUCGGAGUUCUUACUGGGCAGAUUGGGCAGUUGAGGUUUAGAUCUCAUGGUGUUUCAAAACUUGGUCCUGCAGAGAGUGAUGAUGUUAUGAGUUAUGAAAAGCCAGUUAAACCUAUUUUGAAGGUUUCCAAACCUAGAGCACUUGUGGAUCUUGAUGCUGCUAUUUCGUCUGCAAGCUCAAAAUCACCUCAGGGAGGGAAAGGUUCUGUACGACUUGAGCGGAUAACUAAAAUAAGGCAGCAGUUGAAGACAUUCCUUUCAGAAGCAACUGGCUGCAUCUAUCUGGCCUUCAAGUGGAAAUCCCCACCAUCAGCUUGUUUUGUUGGCUUCAUAUUCUGGUGA